UUAAAAUUGUUAAGAGUGGUCCCAUGCUAUUCUCCCCAAACCACUCCUCUUCAAGGUCUAUAAAUUAAGUGGCACUCCCACCAACACUCUUCACUUCACACAUCAAACUAAUUGCUUUUGUCUCUGACUACCUUCCUUUGACUAUCAAAGAAAUGGCUUUCAUUGGCUUGGUUUUGGUGUGUUCUCUUACUAUGUUCUCCUCUGUUUAUGCCUAUGGUGGAGGAUGGACUAAUGCACAUGCUACCUUCUAUGGAGGAAGUGAUGCAUCAGGAACAAUGGGUGGGGCUUGUGGAUAUGGUAACCUUUACAGUCAAGGGUAUGGAACAAACACUGCUGCUUUGAGUACAGCACUUUUCAACAAUGGCUUAAGCUGUGGCUCUUGCUAUGAAAUCAGGUGUGCCAAUGACCAUAGAUGGUGCCUUCCUGGUUCCAUUGUGGUCACUGCCACCAAUUUCUGUCCACCAAACAAUGCCUUACCAAACAAUGAUGGUGGUUGGUGUAACCCUCCUCUCCAACAUUUUGAUCUUGCUCAACCUGUGUUUCUUCGAAUUGCUCAAUACAAAGCUGGAAUUGUUCCUGUUGAUUUUAGAAGGGUGUCAUGUAGGAGAAAGGGAGGUAUAAGGUUCACUAUCAAUGGACAUUCUUAUUUUAACCUAGUUCUUAUCACAAAUGUUGGUGGUGCUGGAGAUGUACAUGCUGCAUCCAUCAAAGGGUCAAAAACUGGUUGGAUAUCUAUGUCAAGAAACUGGGGACAAAACUGGCAGAGCAACAAUUAUCUCAAUGGUCAAAGUUUGUCUUUUAAGGUUACAACUAGUGAUGGUCGUACUGUUGUUUCCAAUAAUGUUGCUCCAGCUGGAUGGUCUUUUGGUCAAACCUACACUGGUGCUCAAAUCCUCUAGAGCAUGGUCAAAUCCAGUUUCAAGUUUAGAAAUACUACUACACAUUUUAAGUAUUGUAGUAAAGAUUAGUAGUUUAGUACCUCAAUAGUAUACUAGGAUAUUAAAUAGUAUGCUGCUAGGGAAAAUGGGUUUGGUUGUUUUAGAGGCCAAUGAAGGGCAUAUUUUAAAAUGGUCCUUCAAUUUAUGGCUCUUUGGUUAUUGUGGUGUUUUGGUUUUUGUACUUUUGAGAUGUUUUUUGACCAUUCUGCUGUUAAUAUAGCAGAAGGGAACUUUUUCUUUAUCUUUGUGGUUGAACUACUAAAUUGGAGGAGGUGGAAAUGGAUACCACCCGCUAUAUUUAGUAUUAGGGUAGUAUCCUUUAUUUUGUUUUUCAUUUUCGGAGUGUUGUAAGCAUUCUUUGCUUGCUUAUCCUUGUAAUCAGCCUUGGCUGGGUGGGAUAUAUCUUUGGUUGUAUUAGAGAGUGAAUGUGUAAAGCUUCUUAAUGAAAUUUAAGUAAUUUUACUAGUAUUA